UGACGGAGUUACACACACCUGUUGGUGCGCAUCGCCAGGCACGGCUGCGACGUCACGACGCUCUGACCGUCAGGGCAGCGACGAGGAGGAGCCAUCGCGGCCUGAGCCAUCCCCGUCAACCUCGGCGACGUGUCACCAAGUCGGAGUACGUAGGGCGGAGGAAACGCGUCGUAAAAAAACCAGCCCUUACACCAUCGAGGAUUUAGAUGCCAUAGAGCCAGCUCCUCUGCAGGAAACUGAACUCGGAGCGGCGGCUUCGGCGUCCACCUUGCAAUGCAGCUGCGGCGGUUCGGAACGUCCGCUUCGUCAAGUGGAAACGAUGCGGAAACACCGGAGCGCGGAGACUCGUUGGGCAAACAGUUUUCUAUCUCCGGAGGAACCGCGGUGGGAUCGUCGCGGUCGAGGCACCAAAGGAGCGGAGUUCAUGUGGGAACUUCACACCUCCCACACCGACGUGGAUAUCGCCAGGAGUUCACGAUCGAAGUGCAGCUGUCACAGUCUGACCUCCGACGAUGACAAUUACCGGACGACGGACAGGGGGGAUUUGCGGAAACAUCACAGCGCUGAGACCGACAAAUGGAGUCUUCAUCCGGACGCCGGCACCUCCCGGCAUCACCUCAGAAAGCACAACAGCGACGACACUAGAAUGGCACGCGACGAUUCGAGGUGGACUCUUCAGGUUCCCGAGGUUUUACCGAAUCCGAAGACUCGCUGCACUUGCUCAAAGGGUAAACGCCUCUCCUUGUCUCCUGGGGAUUCCCGACCAUCUGGGGUUCUGCAAGGGGACACCGCGGCCAAGUGGGUCUACCAUCCGCAGCCCACGACCCCCGAGGAUCAGCCGACCUCGAAGUCCGUGGCCAAAAAACACUCCGAAACUAAAGUGGAGGUCAAAAGUCCGAACGUCAGAGUAAAAUCCUCGGGAAGGGAACUCAAGAGGCAAACAAGGGUGGACCAAGGUUCGACGAAACGGUGGGAGCCGAAGGAACGAACAUUCCCCGACGACGAGAUACGCAAAAUCACGCAGUCUCGAUGGGCCGGUAAAACGCAUUUAUCUCUUCCGACCCAAACGCAAGGGGCGAGCUGGUUCGGGGGUCAAAAAUCUUUGGGCGAAACUAAUUUUGUCGGUAAAAAUUCAUCGGUGAAAGAGAAACAAAAGUCUGCGAUGUCCAAGAGUCUAUCACCAGAAUCGAUAGUGAUCGACCGGACGUCCUUGAGGCUCGACGGCAUCGAAGCUACCGUCGGAAGGCAAGCGUUUCCGGAAAUAGCGGUCACCGAUGUGAAAUGGACACCCUUCGAGAGCAGAUCUCCUUUGCCCAAGGUGGGCAACGCCAGAAAAAGGGAGCAGAAGGUCGCCGACGCCAAAUGCAGGACCCCCAUCGACGAUCCAACGGAAAACUGGUCUCCCUUCCGGCAUGUCACACCGACGUUUUUUCCUCCGCUACCUCAACGGUCGCCGCAGACGGACGACGACGGAAGAUGGAAACUUUUGAACCAGAUAUCCCCAUUCCCGAUUUACCAAGGUGCCUGGAAGGAAUAUUCUCCCCCGGCUGAAGUCCAACUCAAAGUUCCGAGCCCAGAAAAACCUUUGACGUCGCGCUCUCCGACCCCGUCUUCGAAAAUCAUCGACCUUGAAUUACCUUCGGAAAAAUUAUCGACCACUAGACGUACCAAGUCUGAAGAAGUACCCGUCGAACCAUCGGAAUCUAGAAACCGUCAACGACCUCAACUGGUUCGUUCCAAGGCCCUUCUUGAGGUGCCGACGAUGGACGCUGCGAAAAGAUCGCUCAGCGAGGAGGUACCUCGUUACCGAAUGAACGAAAUAACCCGAGGUCCGAAUCGCGCGAAGAGCGAAGAGGGUCCGAAUUACGGUGAUCCCUGGUUCGCGAAUAACUUGGCAUCCGAAUCAACGGAGUUGUGUCAAUACGUAACGACCGUCUAGUCGCACACGGGAAUGAUGGUAAAAAAAACAAACCUGCCCCCGAUCCGAAAAGCUAUACGAUAUGAAAUAUAGUGACUUGGAUGAAACAAAAGUCCCAAUCAGCAGGAAAGCCUAUACCUUUACCUAUAAAGAGAAACAUGUAUCGCGUUGUAAUAUAGUUGAGUAAAAAUACCGAUCACAGCUAUAUCAUAAGCUGCUCGGUCUUGCAGAUCAAUCUUUACCGAUUAACGGAGAAUUUUGAAGAUCUUUCUUCAGCCGAGCCUCGAGACAACGAUACGAAUGUACGACUCGAUGAUAAUGCCCUGAAAAUUCCUAAUAAUAUUAGAGAAAAAGAAGAGAAGAAAUCAGAAGAAUAUAGUGGACGUAGCUGGGUAUAAGGCGCGAUGGUUUUACCUCUGCAGUCGGAGUCUUUCAUUAUGCGCGUUUAUUAUGUGUAUAGUAAAAGUGACUCAAAUUAUCUGUAAGCGUUUGCUUCAGGAUCUCCAAUAACAUCGCGUACGGAGAAGCCAAUUAAUGGCGAUCCGCGCGAGCAACUUAUUAAGUAUAUAAUAAAACAAAGUCUGGCGACGUAGUUCGUAACAAUGAAAAUUAAUAAUGUUAUAAUAACAAGCUAGAUCGUAAGUAGAUGUAACCCAAAGACGACAGUAUCCAAAAACUGAAGAAAAAAGAAAACGAAAAAGCGAAAAAAAAAAAAGUAAUCGAUAAAUAAAUAAACUAAUAAAACGGAGAGGAGAAAGUUGAUGAGAAGGCGAAUUAAAUAAGGAGUACUUAAAAGUCACAACUAUUUAUAUAAUAAUGUAAAAUGAUGCUCACGAACCGAUGAACAAUCCAAGUGAAUUGAGAAGCAAAUUACCCGCUAAAAUUGCGGGCACUGCCCGCUCACAAUUGACCCCAUUGUUCGUUUCGAUUUGAUUUAUCAUAUGAUAUGAUGGAUUUAAAAAGUAAAAUGAUGAUGACGACGACGACGACGACGACGACGACGACGAUGAUGAUGAUUCGAUGAAAGUUUGAGCUGCGCGAGAUGGGUACGUGAUGUCGUGUACGUACUUUACGUGCAUUACGACGAACUGCAGUAGAACAGACGAGCCAUACCUGAUACGAGUAUUUUCAACAAAUACUUUUCAUCUAUAGGAGUGGAGUCGUCAGUGAGAAUGAGUUUGUUUUUCGAAUUACGCAUGUCUCGUAAAUUUCGUAUUAGUUUGGUGGCCCAAGGAGGUAUAUGAGGUGGCCCAGUGCCGGCGCGUGCAAUAUUAAUUAGAAUAAAUUUUAGCUAAUUAAGUGGUAACGAGGUUAAAUCCUUACAUACCGCUGUUAUUAUACGAUGACGAUGUAUGAAUUAUUUGUUGACUUUAGGUUGAUCGCGUGCUGCCAGUACUCAAUUUAUAAGUUGCGAUUUGACGAAGGAGCGUUAAAUAAUUACAACGCCGUUAUGAAGGAUCAAGAAAUAUUAUAUAAAAUGGUUCGAAACCUUUGAGUCCUGCCGUACUAUAUAUCGUGUAUAAUAUAUAUGAUACGACAAUUCGAGAAAAAAAAAAAAAAAACCAAACGAUGAUGAACAAUAUUAUGAACAAUAAUAUUUGUAUUGUCGACCAUUUACUAGCUAUAUAUUUCAUUACAUUAUUUUACGGUAUAUCUGUGAUCACUGCAUUUGUUACAUUAUUACGAUUCGUACGAUGCUUAUUUUCUAAGACUGUUUAGUUAUUUAUUUGAUUAUUCGCCCUUUCCCAAGUGAUACAGGUGGUAAUAUACGAAUCCCUGGUAUUUACCUACCUGCAACUUAUAAUAUUGUAAGAGAGAAAAAAAAAACCUUGUAAAAUGUCAGCCGUGCGAUCACGUACAUCAGAAUAUGAUGAUGCGAUCGAAAGCGGUUGUGCAGGAUAUCUGUAUCUUUGACUGCAGCCUAACGCGACCAACACGUCGUUAAAGAAAUUUGUAGUAAAAUAAAUUAUUUUCUAAAAAUUACCAAAAAAAAAGAUGAAAAAAAAGAAAAAUUAAUAAUAAUUGAAAAAUAAAAUUGACAAAGAUGAAAAAAAAAAUAAAUAAAACAAGUAAAAUAAAAUAAAAAUAAAUGAACAAACCAACAAUCGAGGCAUUUUUAUCCUCGUUCAGCGUGACGCAAUUCUAUUUUUACGCUGUCUGUUUUAUUUAUUACGUACUUGUAGUACCUAUACUUACCUAGGACCCACGUGUUAAGUGUCGUUAAGGAACAGAACGUAGGUAUAAAUUGUAUACAUACGUGGAUAAGUUGAUAUUAUAAUGUAAUAUAUAUUUUUAAUUGGGCUGGGCCGGUCCUGAACGCAGUGACUAACAAUAAGUUAUUCAAGAUUAUAUACAUCCCGCUCCUAAUGGACACCCAAAAGUUCAAACGUUGGCAACAUUUCGAAAUCAUUUGUCAUACGAUAUUCGCAAACUUAUCCCAAUUUUCUAAAAGCUAUUGCGCAAUGAAUUUCGUACGAUAUUAUUCUAUCAACGGAUAAGUUCAGAGUGCGCCGACAUGAUUUAGAGUUUAUGAUUUCGACUGUCAUCGAGAACCAGGAGUCCUUUGGGAUAGGGAUUUAUCUGUAAAUGUAGUCGGUGCUUCCGAACUUGACGCUUAGCCCAUGAUUUACGAUAUUUUACACGAGACGUUACGAGGUAACGUUUUUAAAAACGAAGGCCGUGGGACUUUAUGAAAGAAGGCUGAUCGUGAUGAGUAGGUGGGAUUAUCUGAACGAUUAUAAUCCUACACGAGGCAUUGAAUACUUAAUAUUAUUUAUAAGUCAGAGGCACGUAAAUGCUAUUCGGUACAGUAUAUCAGUGCUGCUAGUAGCAUAAUGAAACAGAUUCAGCUGAAGCCAAAAUAGUUAAUUAUACAUUAAUUAAUUAAAUACUCAAAUACCAGAAAAAAAAGACAAAAAAAGCAACAAAAAAAAAGAAAUGUUAAAUUAUAAACAUACUCCUGUGUAAAUCAUUUGCAAUUUACAAAUCAUUUAGUAUUUCGAAAUAUUCAAUUAGCUAAUUCAUAUGAGAUAUAAUUAUAAUUAAUUAAUUAAUUAAUUGGCAGAGUGACAAUUAUAACGUUAGAUAAUAGAACUACUAAGUAUUAUCUACAGAUAAUAGAAUGUAUUCCAAUCUUAUCCGUUACUAUGAUCAUUAUUGUUAAGUUGCUUCUUGAAUAUAUUCUUACGGUGAAGCUCGUAUCUAGUUUGAAUUUUUUUAGUAUUUUUUAUUUAAAAAAAAUUCAUAAGUUUAUGAUAUUUUGUGAUCUGAACUUAAAUGAACCUAAAUGAUAUGGCGCGUUGCAGGAAUAUUUAAAACCUGCGUAGAGUGAUGCAUUAUCUGUACAACAAUACAAUAUACAACCCAUAACAUGAGGUAAAUGUUGAUUUGUUUAAAUAAAUGUAAGUUUGAAAAUUCA